UGCAUUGCAUUUAGUGCAGUAAUAUUUUUGCGUCAGCGUUAGCGUAAUAUAGGAAUAGGCUACUUUCAAGAUUUAUUUGCAAGUAUUUAUUCUUAAUGUUGUAAAAGCUUAAUAUUUGUGAUUUUUAUUUAGCAUAGCCCAGUUAAGAAACUGUACCCGUACUGUAAUUGAUUAUGUUUUGGUUAAAAUUAACUAGCCGUACAUCGAGUUCUGUUGGAUUACGACAGAAUUUUCUUAAAACAUCUUGCAAUCCAUCAAGAAUACAAAAUCUACAAACUUUACCUAAAUCAAUCGGUAUUCAUAAUCAAUUUUCAAUUCUACAGAUUAAUGAACUAAGGCCAUGCUCAAGUUUAAGAAGAGCUGAUAUGUUUUCAAACGACUCUACUAUAGAGGAGGUUGAUUCGGCUACAUUUGAAAAUGUGUGUUCUGAAACACUAGACUCUCUCUGCGAGUUCUUUGAAGAUAUUAUAGAAAACAUUCCAAAACUUAAAACAGCUGAUGUCUGUUUUGGUGAUGGAGUCCUUACUGUCAACUUAGAUACAUAUGGAAUAUAUGUUAUCAACCGCCAAUCACCAAAUAAACAAAUCUGGCUGAGUUCACCUGUCAGUGGCCCUAAACGUUAUGACUUUGUGCCAAGCAAAAAUGGAUGGGUAUAUCGACAUGACAACCAAACUUUACACCAACUGUUGAAGAAUGAACUAUCCGAGAUUGUUAAAAGCUCUAUUGAUCUAUCUAAUUGCGCCUAUUGCGGUGAUUUAAAUAAAUAAAACAAUAGUUUACCAUAAAAAA